AUGACUACGUGCAGGGCCCUGAGUGGCGGCGGCCUGCCCCCAUCCGGGCAGCCGGCCGGCAGCGGCCUGGCCAGCCUUGACGGGGCCCUCGACGGCCUGGCCUUGGUCUAUGAGCCUUCCACGCGGCUGCUGCGCCGUGCUCCACCUGACGGACCAUCCGACUCCGUCUCCCUCACCAGUGGCUCUUCAGUCAGCACCGACUUGUCUGCCUCCGAUGAGGGUGCCAGGCAACAUGGCCGCCUCUCUGCCAUUCUCACCAAGGGUCUGUUGUCAUGGAAGUCCAAAAGUGCUGGGGAUGAGCGGGUGCCCUCACCUAGGGACCCAUCACCCACUCCAUCAAAGCAGAGCGCCGACGGUUGUGUGCCAAGCUCAACUACUGCACUCAUCUUGGAAAAGCGGCCAUCAAAUUUGCCUGCCAAGAAUCCAGAAGAAGAGCAGAAGCACAAGCAGGAGUACGAGGAGAUGGUGAAGGCUGCCCGCAAGAAAGAGUUAAAAGAUGCCCGUGCCCGCAAGAAGCAGAUGCAGCAGCAGUGGAAGCAGGAGGAACAGCUGGCGCAGGCCACACGUACUUGGGUGUCAGAGGUGCUACCAUGUUGGGAAGUGGCACGUAGCCAGCGACGCAUACGGGACCUGUGGUGGCAGGGCCUUCCACCGAGCGUGCGAGGCCGUGUCUGGAAGCUGGCCAUUGGCAAUGAGUUAAACAUCACACCUGAGCUAUAUGAAAUCUGUGCCUCACGCUCGCGUAAAAUCUGGCGCAGCGAGGCCCUCCCUGAGGAACCUUCAGCUUUGCACACACGCGAGCAGUCGGCACACCUCAUCCGACUGGAUGUGUCACGCACAUUCCCACAGCUGGGCAUCUUUCAGGAGGCAGGCCCUUACUUUGAUGUCCUGCACUGUAUCCUCGGUGCCUAUGUGGUCUACCGACCAGACAUUGGCUACGUGCAAGGCAUGUCCUUCCUGGCUGCCAUGCUGCUGCUCAACCUGGAGGUAGCUGAUGCGUUCAUCUGCUUUGCAAACCUGCUCAACAGACCCUGUCAACUAGCAUUUUUUCGUGUAGACCAGCCACAGAUGAAUGCCUAUUAUACCCUGUACGACGACUUUUUCCAUGAGAACCUGCCCAAGCUGUUUGCACACUUCAAGAAGCACAACCUCACUUCGGACCUGUACCUGGUUGACUGGAUAUAUACGCUUUACAGCCGAUCUCUGCCCCUGGAUGUGGCCUGCCGAGUGUGGGACGUCUUCUUGAGAGACGGGGAAGAGUUCCUCUUCAGGUCUGCCCUUGGUAUUCUGCGGCUGUAUGAGGACGUGCUGUUGCGACUAGAUUUCAUCAACCUGGCUCAGUUUUUGACCAAGCUACCGGAAGACAUGAGCUCCGAUGUAUUGUUUGAUGCAAUUGCUGCCAUUCGCAUGACUGUCAACAAGCGAAGUUUCGCCCAGGUCUUGGCCAAACACAGAGAGUUAGCUGGGUAGUGCGGACAACGACUUGUACAUUUACAAUUUGGAGUAUGUUGCAGAGUAUUGCACUGUUGAUAGAUCUUUGCAAACUCGAGAGGGACACAAAGUGGCAUGUCACACCUGUUUUUUUCUUUAUACACCCUUUUGUUCUUUCUACUUCGUGCAAGUUUAUUCUCAUUGAGGUAGAUGUCGGCUGGCUCGCUUUUGUGUAGGGUCCAGUUCUAGUCAAUACUCACAACCAGCUGAAACUUUGGAGGAGGAUAAUCUUGAGUGAGAGGUUGCCAGAGCCUCGCCAAAUGUGUGUUGUGGCAACCACUGCUGAGUGUAAUGGAAACUUGUCGUUUACUGUGAAAAGUGGGAAGGGGUGCAGGCUGGCUAGAGCUGGGGAGUGUUAGUAGGUGUGUUUUGCCUGGCACUGCCCAGAGCACAUCGAAGCAGAACAUGGCCACAUGGGCAGUGCUAUUCAGUGUGUGCAGCAUCUUUUCUUUGAGACUGCGUCUGUGCAAAGAGUUUCUGGCAAAAUGUGGGCUCUCCAUCAUAACUAGUUAUUUUUCUAUUGCUGACCUUUGCUUCUGGUGACAUGACGUACUGUGGGGGCAUAUCAAUAAAGUUAUGUGAUGCUUGUGGGCCAGUAGCAUAAUGCAAGUUUCGGAUGGUUCCAACUAGAGAACAGUGCCGUUAACCUCUGGGCCUGUAAAGGCCACUGUUGCUAGGGUUUCCUUCAGAAGGAACUCCUGGCAUACAAUUUUUCAGUAUUUAUACCAUUCCAUAUGUGGCAGGGUAUGUUGUGUUGCUGCCAGUAGGCCAGAUUCUGUAAGCAGCAAGGCUGCAUCUGUUCCAUACCAUGGUAUGCAAUCUAGCUGGUGGAAGAAAUGUUCCCCUCUAAGGUGGGAAAAAGUCUUCCAUCCAGCUUGAUGUACAGGAGGUUUAAUCUCUGAGCAGUGGAGCUAGUUGGAGUUGUUGAAUCUGUUUAGCAGUAUUCUGCCCUAUACAACAUUUCUCUUGUCACCACAUCACAUGUUGUCUCUAGUUAAAUAUUACUGUUCCCCACGUGUGGGCAGGCAAAAAUUGGUCUGUUUUCAUGCUAAAUUCGCCCAUUUUCUUUUAAAGAACAGGAAACAAGACAUGAUUGGUUCAAAUGAUUUUAUGCAGUUUCACAUGAAGUGGAUAUGCGUUGUCUCAUCUGUGUAUAGCUGUAGUCUGCAAUCAAAUGUGUAAGUUCUGGUGAUUUUGCAGACUGUUUCUAAAGUUAAAAACAAACAGGACACACUUGUACAGAAAUGCUUAGAUGCAUAUGGAAGAAAUGUACAAAUAUGUAUAAAAAUAAAUAGGCCUUCUGUACAUGCA